GGCACGGAGGGUGAUUGGGAGGAAAGGCGGCAGCGAGGGGCUUGUCAUGGGGAUCCGUGCUACGUGACGGCAUUGGUAGCAUCUGGGGACUCUGAGGGGGACAGUAAGUGUCAACGCCCGGGACCCCGGCGCCGGGUUCGCCGGGGGAUCCCCGCUGCUCUAGUCUUGGGAGGGAGGGGAAAAAGGAGGGAGCCCUGAUCUCGCCCCGCCCCUGGGCUUGUUACCGCGGGGGCGGGGAGUGAGGGCUUCUUUUGGGGGGAGUGGAGAUCGGGGGACUCGGCUGUGCCCUCUUGAGCGGCUGCCGGUGUCCCCGCGGCGCCGGGCUGCCGAGCGGAGGAGCCGCGGCGGCCGUGGCUGUUGCAUGUGUGGCUGCUGGAUGCGGAGGCGGCGGCGGCGGCGGCGGCGAGGAGCAGCAGCGGCGGCAGGAUGUUAGGGCAGCAGCAGCAACAACUAUACUCGUCGGCCGCGCUCCUGACCGGGGAGCGGAGCCGGCUCCUCACCUGCUACGUGCAGGACUACCUCGAGUGUGUGGAGUCGCUGCCCCACGACAUGCAGAGGAACGUGUCUGUGCUUCGAGAGCUGGACAACAAAUAUCAAGAAACAUUAAAGGAAAUUGAUGAUGUCUAUGAAAAAUAUAAGAAAGAAGAGGAUUCAAACCAGAAGAAACGCCUACAGCAGCAUCUGCAGAGAGCAUUAAUCAAUAGUCAAGAAUUGGGAGAUGAGAAAAUUCAGAUUGUCACACAGAUGCUCGAACUGGUGGAAAAUCGGGCCAGGCAAAUGGAGUUGCAUUCACAGUGUUUUCAAGAUCCUGCUGAAGGUGAACGGGCCUCGGAUAAGGCGAAGAUGGAUUCCAGCCAACCGGAAAGAUCUUCAAGAAGACCCCGCAGACAGCGAACCAGUGAAAGCCGUGAUUUAUGUCACAUGACGAAUGGGAUUGAAGACUGUGACGAUCAGCCACCUAAAGAAAAGAAAUCCAAGUCAGCCAAGAAAAAGAAACGCUCCAAGGCCAAGCAGGAAAGGGAAGCAUCGCCUGUUGAGUUUGCAAUAGAUCCCAAUGAACCUACAUACUGUUUAUGUAACCAAGUGUCUUACGGGGAAAUGAUCGGAUGUGACAAUGAACAGUGUCCAAUUGAAUGGUUUCACUUUUCGUGUGUUUCGCUUACCUAUAAACCAAAGGGGAAGUGGUAUUGCCCAAAGUGCAGGGGAGAUAAUGAGAAAACAAUGGACAGAAGUACUGACAAGGCAAAAAAGGAUAGACGAUCGAGGUAGUAAAUGCCAUCCACGUUUUAAAAGGUUAUUUGUCUUUUAUAUAAUUCUUUCAGAAUUUACUUUCGGAAAAUGUUUUAGGGUAAAUGCAUAAGACUAUGCAAUAAUUUUUAAUCAUUAGUAUUAAUGGUGUAUUAAAAGUUGUUGUACUUUG